UUUCAUGAUAAUCAGAAAUUUGCUCAUGUGGCAGUGCAUCGGAGAAAAUAGAUCCAUUUUUUAUGAUUACACUGGCAUUCGGAAUUCAUAGUGAAGACAGAUACGAAGCAGAAUAUAUCGAACUAUUACUGAACUCGAGAAAUAGUGGUCGCAAAUUGUGCAUCGUUCGAGUUAAUAUUUGUCCGGUGGCGUGUGAAUACAGUUUGUAUAACAGAUUAUGUUAGAAGAGAGCGGCCAUGUUUGAAUUUUGAGCAGUAAAAAGACAUUCGUCAGUCGUUGGGGAACAUUUGUGAGAAGAUUUACUGUUGUGCGGUGUAAAUCUUUGAAAAACAGCUCGGAAUAGUUUUACAUUUGUGGUUCUCGGCUAUUCAUCUCGAUUACAACCAUGGCUCAUCCACUUCCUAUACGUUUUCAAGAGCAUUUGCAGCUCACGAAUAUCAACAUCAAUCCGAGCUCAAUAUCGUUCACGAAUUUAACCAUGGAAUCGGAUAAGUUUAUAUGCGUACGGGAAAAGGUCGGAGAGACGGCCCAGGUUGUAAUUAUCGAUAUGAACGAUGCGCAAAAUCCAAUUCGUCGUCCGAUCAGUGCUGAUUCGGCGAUUAUGAAUCCCGCCAGCAAAGUAAUUGCGCUUAAAGCACAAAAGACUCUUCAAAUAUUCAACAUUGAAAUGAAAUCUAAAAUGAAGGCGCAUGCAAUGACGGAAGAGGUUGUUUUUUGGAAAUGGAUAACGCUGAACACGCUAUCUUUGGUGACGGAGACAUCGGUGUAUCAUUGGUCCAUGGAAGGAGAUUCGACUCCCGUGAAAAUGUUUGAGCGUCAUUCGUCGUUGAACGGAUGUCAAAUCAUCAACUAUAGAACUGAUCCGAAGCAGGCUUGGCUUCUUUUAGUUGGUAUCUCGGCUCAGCAGAAUCGCGUGAUCGGUGCAAUGCAGCUUUAUUCCGUGGAACGUAAGGUUUCGCAGGCUAUUGAGGGUCACGCAGCUUCAUUUGCGACUUUCAAGAUGGAAGAUAACAAGGAGCCAUCGACUUUGUUCUGUUUCGCUGUGCGAUCAGCAACCACAGCAAAGCUGCAUAUUAUUGAGGUCGGUGCUCCACCAACGGGAAAUACCGCGUUUACGAAAAAAGCAGUGGAUGUCUUCUUCCCACCAGAAGCCCAAAGUGACUUUCCCGUCGCAAUGCAAGUUUCGCCAAAGUACGAUGUAAUUUAUUUGAUCACCAAGUACGGUUAUAUCCAUAUGUACGAUAUCGAAACAUCGACAUGUAUUUACAUGAAUCGUAUUUCUGCGGAUACAAUUUUUGUAACUGCCCCUCAUGAAGCGAGUGGUGGUAUUAUCGGUGUCAAUCGUAAGGGCCAAGUACUAUCGGUUACGGUUGACGAGGAACAAAUAAUUCCAUACAUUACCAAUGUUUUGCAAAAUCCGGAUUUAUCUCUGCGUAUGGCCGUUCGUAAUAACCUGUCGGGAGCUGAAGAUUUGUUUGUUCGAAAGUUCAAUCAUAUGUUCCAAAAUGGACAGUAUGCUGAAGCCGCUAAAGUAGCUGCUAUUGCACCGAAAGGAAUUUUGCGUACUCCACAAACAAUUCAGAAGUUUCAACAAGUUCCAGCUCAACCUGGAACAAAUUCCCCUCCCCUUCUGCAAUAUUUUGGCAUACUGUUGGACCAAGGAAAGCUUAAUAAAUACGAGUCCCUGGAGCUGUGUCGUCCUGUAUUGGCUCAAGGCAGAAAACAGUUAUGCGAGAAAUGGCUCAAGGAAGAAAAGCUGGAAUGCAGUGAAGAGCUCGGUGAUUUAGUGAAGCCCUCGGAUCCUACACUAGCCCUCUCUAUAUACUUGCGUUCGAAUGUACCCAAUAAGGUUAUACAGUGUUUUGCUGAAACUGGACAGUUCCAAAAAAUCGUUCUGUACGCUAAAAAAGUCAACUAUAAUCCUGAUUACAUCUUUUUAUUGCGUUCCGUAAUGCGUACGAAUCCUGAGCAGGGAGCUGGUUUUGCUAGUAUGCUGGUUGCCGAUGAAGAGCCACUCGCUGACAUCAAUCAGAUUGUGGACAUUUUCAUGGAACAAAACAUGGUACAACAGUGUACGGCAUUUUUGCUAGACGCUUUGAAAAAUAAUCGUCCAAGUGAAGGCUCGCUUCAAAGUCGACUAUUGGAGAUGAAUUUGAUGUCAGCACCACAAGUUGCUGACGCCAUUCUUGGUAAUGCUAUGUUCACUCACUAUGAUAGAGCUCACAUUGCCCAGCUGUGCGAGAAGGCCGGAUUGCUGCAACGCGCACUGGAGCAUUACACUGAUUUAUAUGACAUCAAACGGGCAGUUGUACAUACUCAUCUGCUGAAUGGAGAUUGGCUGGUGGGAUUUUUCGGCACUCUAUCGGUAGAAGAUUCUCUAGAAUGCUUGAAAGCUAUGUUAACCGCUAAUAUUCGCCAAAAUCUACAAAUUUGCGUGCAAAUUGCAACCAAAUAUCACGAGCAGUUGACCACUAAAGCUCUGAUUGAUUUGUUUGAAAGCUUUAAGAGCUACGAAGGAUUGUUCUAUUUCCUUGGAUCGAUAGUCAACUUCAGCCAGGAUCCGGAAGUCCACUUCAAGUACAUUCAAGCAGCAUGUAAAACAAACCAGAUCAAAGAAGUUGAACGUAUCUGUCGCGAGUCGAACUGCUACAAUGCCGAACGCGUGAAGAAUUUCCUUAAAGAAGCAAAAUUGACCGAUCAACUUCCUUUAAUCAUUGUGUGCGAUCGGUUCGAUUUCGUGCAUGAUUUAGUGUUGUACUUGUACCGGAACAGUCUUCAGAAAUAUAUCGAAAUCUAUGUGCAAAAGGUCAAUCCCUCUCGACUACCCGUAGUGGUGGGAGGACUUUUGGAUGUUGAUUGUUCCGAAGAUAUAAUAAAAAAUUUGAUUUUGGUCGUGAAAGGACAGUUCUCCACCGACGAGCUAGUUGAGGAAGUGGAGAAGCGUAACCGUUUGAAGCUGCUUUUGCCAUGGUUAGAAUCCCGGGUCCAUGAGGGUUGUGUCGAACCAGCUACUCACAAUGCGUUGGCGAAGAUCUACAUCGAUUCAAACAACAAUCCGGAACGAUUCCUCAAAGAGAACCAGUACUAUGACAGUCGUGUCGUGGGUCGUUACUGCGAAAAACGAGAUCCACAUCUCGCUUGUGUUGCGUAUGAACGUGGGCAUUGCGACCGCGAAUUGAUUGCUGUUUGCAAUGAGAACUCUUUGUUCAAAUCUGAAGCGAGAUAUCUUGUACGACGUCGUGAUCCCGAAUUAUGGGCAGAUGUGUUAUCCGAGGCUAAUCCGUACAAACGCCAGCUUAUCGAUCAAGUUGUUCAGACUGCUCUCUCGGAGACUCAAGAUCCGGACGACAUAUCCGUGACCGUGAAGGCAUUCAUGACUGCUGACUUACCGAAUGAAUUGAUCGAACUGCUUGAGAAAAUUGUGUUGGAUUCGUCUGUUUUCUCUGACCAUCGCAACUUGCAGAACUUGCUUAUUUUGACGGCAAUCAAAGCCGACAGAAGCCGUGUCAUGGAUUAUAUAAACCGUUUGGAUAACUACGAUGCUCCCGAUAUAGCCAAUAUAGCUAUCAACAAUGAGUUGUAUGAAGAAGCUUUCGCUAUUUUCAAGAAAUUCGAUGUCAAUACAUCGGCCAUUCAAGUACUGAUUGAGCAAGUACACAAUCUGGAGAGAGCGAACGAGUUUGCCGAACGUUGCAAUGAGCCGGCAGUUUGGUCACAGUUAGCACGUGCCCAACUGCAACAAGGUUUAGUGAAGGAAGCAAUCGAUAGCUACAUCAAAGCGGACGACCCGAGCGCUUAUAUUGAUGUGGUCGAAACAGCCAGCAAGAAUGAAUCGUGGGAAGAUUUGGUUCGCUAUUUGCAGAUGGCACGUAAAAAAGCACGCGAAAGUUAUAUUGAAAGCGAACUUAUUUAUGCUUACGCUCGCACCGGCAGGCUAGCAGAUUUAGAAGAAUUUGUCUCCGGUCCGAAUCAUGCGGAUAUCCAGAAAAUUGGGGAUCGUUGUUUUAAUGACAAAAUGUAUGAGGCCGCCAAGCUGCUGUACAACAACGUGAGCAAUUUUGCUCGAUUGGCAAUCACGUUAGUGCAUUUGAAGGAGUUCCAGGGAGCCGUUGAUGGUGCACGGAAAGCUAAUUCUACACGCACUUGGAAGGAAGUUUGUUUCGCGUGUGUUGACGCGGAAGAAUUUAGACUGGCACAAAUGUGUGGUUUGCAUAUUGUCGUUCAUGCCGAUGAGCUGGAAGAUCUAAUAACCUACUAUCAGGAUCGCGGUCAUUUUGAGGAAUUGAUUGGAUUAUUAGAGGCUGCCCUUGGCUUAGAACGAGCUCACAUGGGUAUGUUUACGGAGCUGGCAAUUCUUUAUUCGAAAUAUAAACCAACAAAAAUGAGAGAACAUUUGGAGCUGUUUUGGUCGCGUGUCAAUAUCCCGAAAGUGCUACGUGCUGCUGAACAGGCUCACCUUUGGUCUGAGUUGGUAUUUCUUUAUGACAAGUACGAAGAGUACGAUAAUGCUGUUCUCGCAAUGAUUGCACAUCCGACAGAAGCAUGGAGAGAAGGUCAUUUCAAGGAUAUUGUAACAAAGGUUGCAAAUAUUGAACUCUAUUAUAGAGCGAUUCAGUUCUAUCUGGAUUAUAAACCCCUUUUGCUGAAUGACAUGCUACUGGUGUUGGCGCCACGAAUGGAUCACACGCGCGCUGUGAAUUUCUUCACCAAGCAAGGACAUCUGCAGUUGGUCAAAACCUAUUUGCGUUCGGUGCAAAGUUUGAACAAUAAAGCAAUAAAUGAAGCAUUGAAUGGGUUACUGAUUGACGAAGAGGAUUAUCAAGGACUUAGAACAUCGAUCGACGCUUUCGAUAAUUUCGACAACAUAGCACUAGCUCAGAAGCUAGAAAAACACGAAUUGACCGAAUUCAGACGAAUUGCUGCAUACUUGUACAAGGGUAAUAACCGUUGGAAGCAGAGUGUAGAAUUAUGCAAAAAAGAUAGACUUUUCAAGGACGCAAUGGAAUACGCUGCGGAAUCUCACCAGGGAGAACUGGCUGAAGAACUACUCGGAUGGUUCCUGGAACGUGGCGCGUACGAUUGUUUCUCGGCAUGUUUGUUCCAAUGCUACGACUUGUUGCGUCCUGAUAUCAUUCUCGAACUGGCUUGGCGUCACAACAUCAUGGACUUUGCGAUGCCCUAUUUGAUACAAGUUACGAGAGAAUAUACGUCAAAGGUUGACAAGCUAGAAGCAGCCGAUGCUGAACGACAGAAAGAAGGAGAAAGUUCAGAGCAUAAAUCAAUCAUUUUACCCGAACCACAACUUAUGUUGACGGCCGGCCCGGGAAUGGGCAUGCCUCAAUACGCACCACAAUAUGCUGGGGCGUAUGUGGCAGCGCAACCCAACGUGACACCAUAUCCCGGGUAUGGUGCUUUCAGUUAAGGUGAACGUUGUUGGUGAGUAUAAUUUUGGUUGGAUAAUAUUCAUAACUAGCAGUAAUUUAGUGUAAUUCUUCAACUUAUAUAAGAUAGAAACAAGACAAAAAUAUGCAGAUUCAAUCGUUGUUGUCACACAACUAAUAAAUAGGAUUAUUUAAUAUAAACAUUAUAAACUCUCACGGAUGAAAUUUUCAUUUUCUCAAAUUGAACAUGGCUUGCGCAAAGUUAGCUUUACUAGCGCCUCAACGCGAUUGAUGAAAUUGAAUCCGAAAUCCUGAGAUUUGCGGUUCAGCUUUACAAAAGUGUGUUCCUAUCUGCCGUUAGAAGUUAAUUUGUUGAGGCAAAUCCAUUGAUAAAAUGCUGUGCUAAACUUUAUAAUCCCAACGAAUCUGUUUUAGAUGUUUCUUCAACGACAUAAAUUUUUUUUCUAGAUUUUCUAACAUUGCUGGCAGUAGCUUUCACUUAAUGUAUCAAAAAAGUCAGUCAGAGGUAAAGUUGAAACUCAGCUAGUUGGUCAAUAUAUAAUCGGUUUCAAUGAUUAAUUCGAUGACGACAGAUUACAUUCUUUUUCUUUGCAGAUCAUUUUGACUAGCCGAUGUUACGUAUGUUACAUAUACCGGAAAAUAUAGAAGAUGUGAGAUACAACAUCUAUGCUUCAUAUGCAUUAUCCGUAUUCUAUCUUUAAUAUUUAUUAGUGUACUCUCACUAUAAGAAUGCGUGUAUUAGUUUUUUCUUCUUAUUUUAUCAUAGCUUGAAAAUAAUAUUCAUUUGUGUGAAGGAAGGAGGAGGAUCAUCGUUAACGAUAUUUUACGUAAUAGCAGUUUCAAGAAAAAAAUAUAAAAAACUAAUGAAUAUAGUUGAAUAAUAUCGAAUAUCUAAAGAUUACAUAUUGUAAAACAAGUUAAUGCAUAUUGGAACUAUAAUUAUUUGAAAGAUGAAUGUGAAAUAUAACAUAUUAAGAAGGCAAAGCUGACUGUUAAGUAUUUCCUAUAUCCCCCAUGAACAUGAACAUUGAAAAGGAUAUUCGAACAAACGCUAAAUGGAUGAAAUUUGUAUAGUUCAAAGUAAAAAAAAAAGAUAAUUUACAUAAGAUUAAGUAUUAAAGUUCGCAUUCGAUUAUCUAUGAUUGUUUUAAAUAUCAAAUACACAUCAGUAUUCACUUGUUCAAAAUUAUUUUGCGGUAACCUUCAUUUUGGUCAAAUCAAAAAUCGAUUUCACAAUCA